AUGUAUACAAAUCUCGGAGAGUCGAAUGAAGAGGAGGAUGAGAAGGGGAGGAAGAAGAAGAAGAAGAAGAAGAAGAAGAGAAACUGUGUGUUGCUGGAAGAAUUAUGUGAAUAUUCGGUCCCGUCUGACCCUAUCAGUGUUCCGACUACAUCAACUGUCAACGACCUACAAAAUAUCAUCACACAGUUAUUGAACGAGGAGUUGGUGGUGUUCGAUUUUCUUAUAAACAACGAGUUUAUCGAGGGAACGCUCGAUGAAUUUAUUAACAAAAAGAAGAUUUCGGCAGAGACACUUGAUGUUGAAUAUACCGUAAGGCAAGCCGCCCCGGUUGUCUCCGGUGAGAUAGUUCAUGAGGAUUUUGUCAGUUGUGUGAGCCGCAGACAGAAUUAUGUUCUCACGUGCGCAUAUGAUGGAGCAGUUAAACUGCAUACCAUCGAUGGAAAAGGCCCUAUCUUUACGCUCGCGUUAAACGAAAAAGUGAAGGUUGUUGAAUGGGUCGACCUCGACGAGACGCAAACAGGAGAAUCCGUAUUUUUAACUGGAGGCUUUGCUCAGGUUGUCCGAUUAUGGGUUUGGAAUCAAGCUACUCGGUCUGUCAGAUGUGCUGCCAUAUGUCGUGGCCAUCAAGGAACUGUUUUGUCUAUGGCUUCGAAUAGUCAGACAAAUGAUUCCAAAGACAAGAUAUUUGCCACAGGUUCUUGGGAUUCAUCUAUCAAGAUCUGGUCUUCCGGCAAUAAGACUCCGCCAGGCGCUGGAAGCCUCAUCGGACUAUGGCUCUUCAGCCACAACUACGACCAUUUCUGCUCGCAGAGAAGUCCCGAAAUACGUCGCUUUAUUCGAAAAGAUUGA